CCAAUAUCUACUUUUUCUCUCACCAGCCGGCUGAGAUCUAUCUCAUGGCAUGAAGACAUACAAAUUAUAAAUUAAACCCUAUUGACUAAUUUUCUAUGCAAAUAUACAUCGGUUAUAUCAGAAAUGAUAAAGUGAUAGAAAACCUAAUGCAGUUUCUUCCUCAGUGAGAUUCUGACACUGGGAGCAGGUUACUGGUUUCUAAGUCAGAAGCUGGUUGCAAACCUGAGGCCAGCAGGUGCCAGUCAGUUAUGGUAGAUCUGAAAUUUGGUUUGAUGACGUCACUAUGCGAAACUGCAGACUGAUAGGAGGAACCAAAGAGCUCUGCAGCGCUCCAUGUAAAGCGGACCACAGGUCAGACUCUGAGCUAUUUGCAUUAUUUGAGGAGCCUGCGGCCGCCUCGUUACUUCCUCACGCCGACAUCGCUUGUGCGCAAAGUUGCAACACCAGAACACAGACAGCCACUGGAUCGCUCUCAACUGGGUUAAGAGGAAGCGUGUACUGCAGAAUAAUCACAAUGCGUUUCACCUGCAGAUGGGGCCUUAAAGUGAUUCCAUUUCUUGCUUUGUUGCUAAUUGUCCUGCCAGCUGUCCUCUAUUACUUCUGGAGCCCAACAAACACUUCAGGAGUCAAUAUACAAGCAAGACAAAGCAGCCGAAUCCAAAAGCUGCUCAUUGAGAAAAGUCAAGGCAUCAUGACUAAUUAUUCUGACAUUCCCUACAAGAUCAAAGAAAAUGUGGCAAGUCAGUUGCCUCAGAAAGCAUGUGUGUGCCAGGUCGGAGAGAAAGCCUUUCAUUUACCAUUCUCCAAUCCACUCUUCCCUCGUGUUUGGGCUCACAACCUUCAGCAGGCGUUCUUAGAAAUGCAAUCUGAUCCCGAGGCUGUACAGCAACAGAGAGCAGAGGAGUACCUCCAGUUUUUGAGAAGGUCCCACACUCCAGCAGACAUGCUCGUCAUUGCCGAGGCUGGCAAUCCUCUUCAGUAUCCUACCCAAGGUGUGAAGGUGCAACCCCUCAAAACAAUAAUCAUCCCAGGUCUGGGUCUCAGACUGGAAGGCAGAAAAAGCUAUAUAGUAAAUUUGACAGCGACAAUGGGGACUUUUGACGUUGCCGCCACAGUGGACAGGGUCUCUGUAAAAGGAAUGGGUGAAAAGCAUAUUUCACUGUCGAGUCCGGCUCUCUAUGCUCUGAACAGGCAGCUCCAGUUUGUCACUUUUACCAGCACCAUAUUUCAUCCGAUGACAUCGGACCUAGUUCAGUUGGCGACUGAAGGCCACCAGUCAUUUUUCACCAUCAAGGUGGGACACAGAGUUGCUCCCAAACUUUACAACUCUGGACAAAGUAAAGGGUACAACAUUACCUCUCUGGUUACCAUCGCUACGAAGACCUUUUUGCGCUACGACAAACUCAAAGAUCUCAUCGCCAGCAUAAGGGAGUUUUAUCCCACCAUCCUCAUAAUUAUAGCGGACGAUAGCGAACACCCCCAGCCAGUGACCGGCCCUCAUAUUGAGCAAUACAUUAUGCCAUUUGGAAAGGGUUGGUUUGCAGGAAGAAAUCUGGCAGUGUCCCAAGUGACUACCAAAUAUGUGCUCUGGGUGGACGACGAUUUUAUCUUUACUGCAAACACCAAACUGGAGAAGAUGGUGGACAUCCUGGAGAAAACCACGCUGGAUCUGGUUGGUGGCGCGGUCAGAGAGGCUACUGGUUACACUACCACAUUCCGUCACACCAUUUCAGUGGAAGAAGGCGGAAAGGAAGGCGACUGUUUAAACAUCAGGAACGGAUACCACCAUGCUAUUGAGGGAUUUCCCAACUGUGUGGUAGCAGAUGCCGUCAUCAACUUCUUCUUGGCUCGAACGGACAAAGUUCGGCAGGUUGGCUUCGAUCCGCGCCUGUCAAGAGUAGGCCAUCUAGAGUUUUUUGUAGAUGCCCUGGGCACCAUGCACAUCGGCUCCUGCAGCGAUGUCAUCAUUAACCACGCGUCAAAGAUCAAGCUGCCAUGGACUAAAACAGAAACACAGAAGGCCUAUGAGCAGUUUCGAUACUCUUCUAGAAAAACAGGGAUUGACCUGAAUGAGAUCUUUUACUUUAAGAACAGAUUCAAGUGCAUGACCAGACAAUAAAAACACACUUGCAUUGGUUUCAUGAAAACAAAUAGUUGUCGCUCUUGGUUGAGAGAUAUUUUGUCUUUUUUCUGCUGACAACUGGAUUUUUUUUUAAACCACCUGUUGUGAUGUUAACAAGCCAGUCGGUUCUUGUUGUUUGAAACAAUCCUCAUUUUUUUGCAAUUUGUUGACCGUUUUCACAUGUUUUCUUUUGAAGUAAACAUUUGAAUUUGGAAGGUAAUUUUGAUGCUAAUUGCUCUGAGUUAGUCAUUUGAAUUUCAUACAGGCUUUGUGUCCUUAAUAUGUAUUUUGCGCGUAAAUGGGCUAUUAUAAGUUGUCAUGACACAUGAUCCUCUAGAGGAGAGAAUAUAUUUAAUGUGUGUACCAAAAAAAUGAAUAAAGAAAACGCUAACCUUUUUUUUAUGUUAAUGCACGUUACAGAUUUUGGUAUAGCAUCUAUAGAGGUUGCAACAAUAAUAAACAGUUCUUGUGACACAUCAA